GGAGGGAGAGAGAGAGAAAUUGCAGACAGCAGCAGAAGCAUUGCUCCAACGGGCGCUAAUCACUACAGUCCCAGCCACCGACCAAGGGAGACACAGCCACCCAGACUAACCCAGGCAGGCAGUAGCCAAGCAGGGAUCUCUGUGGCACCAGGGCACACAAAAACACAAGGACAAAAACAGGAUAUUCAACAAGGGCUUUGAAUAUGGGAGGAAAACUGAGCAAGAAGAAGAAGGGGUACAAUGUGAAUGAUGAUAAAUCUAAAGACAAAAAAGCCGAAGGAGCAAAUACAGAGGAAGAAGGGACACCUAAAACCAACGAUGAGGCCGAGUCUGCUGUAGAGAUUACGGAGACAAAAGAAAAUAAAGAUGAAAAAAAUGAUAAAGAUUCACAAGCGGCAGAAAAAAAAGCAGAAAGCAAGGAGGGGGAGAAAGAUGCCCCGAAGGCAGAUGGAGUGCAAAAAACAGAGAGCGAGAAGACAGAAGCUAGCUCUGAUGCGAAGGUGGAAACUCAGAACACUGACCCACCAGGAUCCAAGCAGGAGGAGUGCGCUGCAGCUCCUGCUCCAGUUACUAAUAGUGAAGGGCCAAAAAUCUCUGAGCCAAGCACUGAGGCAAAGGUUUCCCAGCCUUCAGAAGCACCAGCACCAAGUAAAGUAGAUGAAAAGAGCAAAGAGGAUGGGGAAGCCAAAAAGACUGAGGCUCCCAAUGCCCCAGAAGCCAAAAGCGAGACCGCCCCAGCUUCAGACUCAAAACCUAGUGAAGCUGCUCCAUCUUCCGUGAAGUCUCCAGAAAGUGAAGCUCCUAGUUCUACUACUAAGGCCUCUGAGCCUGCAGCUGAUGAAGUUAAAGCACCUGAGACCCCAGCAGCUAAUUCUGAUCAAACCGUAGCAGUUCAAGAGUAAAAUGGACAGCCUGUUUGAAAUAACCAUUUACGACAACCUGCAAUGUUUGUUUGUUUUUUUUCUUCUUUGUUUUUUGAUUAUAUAUUUUUUUUCAGCUAUACUAACAAACUUGAUUUUAGAUCUGAGACAAGUACAUGUAAAGCCCAGAAGGGAUAUACAAAUUCCAAAUAGUAUUUUUGUGGGGAAAAAUGUACAAAGAUAAAAUUCACAUUCCACCAAUUCUUGUCAAUUUAACAAUUAAAUUAAACAAGAAGGUAUACAAGUUUAGGAAUAGACGUUUAUGAGCAAAAAAUGAAUCUUUUUACAUCAGAACAGUAGCUGCAAAAAAAAAAAAAAAACAUAGCCCAUUUUUUUCCCUUCUGCAAUAAGAUUGCAGGAGAAAUAUUAUCAAAUUUGCCCAUAGGGCUUGUGCCAAGGCAAUCAAAUCUUUCUUAGAGAUAUUUUUUUUUUUUGCAGUCAAUAUUCUUUAUUAUAAUAUAUCUUUUGUUUUUUCUUUUACUUUUUUUUUUCUUUCAUUUUUAAAUGCAGUGAAUAACGGCCAAACUUUUCCAACUGAACCCACUUUAGCUGUCUCUUGAUCCUCUCCAGAUAUUUUGGGAGCAACAGCAUCCUCAUCUUACUUAGUCUAUCUAGAUUUCUCAUGAUGAAUUAAUGCAUGUCUGUGGUUGGGUGCACCUGUAGUUCUGUUUUAUUGGUCAGUGGAAAUAAUAAUAAAAAAAAGUCUGCGUUGAUUUGCAGUUCCAGUUUUUCUUCCAUUCUAUGUCACAGACACCAACACAACACUCAUUUGGAAAACAAAACAAAAAAUUUAAAAAAUAGAAAAUACAAAAAAAUUACAGAAAUAAAUAAGGAAGAUGUAAAAUGGAUGCAUUGAAAUUAUAUGUAAUUGUAUAAAUGGUGCAACAGUAAUAAAAGUUAAAUAAUUAAGACAAA